CUGGGAGCAACGGGAGCGCUCUCACAAAGUUUGCAUCCGCGGGUGCGCCAGGCUAGGGCUCGCCUGGCUGAGGGCGGCUGGUGGGCUGCCGGGGCGCGGGCCCGGGAGGCUGCGUGGAGGCGGCGGUGGAGGCGAUGAUCCGCGCCCCGCUGAGCUCGUCCCGCUGCGCUGGGUGAACCCGCGCAGCCGCUGCCAUGGGCACUCUAGGCAAAGCGAGAGAGGCUCCGCGGAAACUGCCCCAUGGAUGCAGAGCUGCCCCCAAAGCAAAACUAGAGGCCCAGCCAGGUACUGGCAGCCCCUGCCCCACCCACCCCAGCUUGGUCCAGAUCACCCAGUUCCGAAUGAUGGUAUCUUUGGGCCACUUUGCCAAAGGAGCCAGCCUGGAUGAUCUCAUCGACAGCUGCAUUCAGUCCUUUGAUGCAGAUGGAAACCUGUGUCGAAGCAACCAGCUGUUGCAAGUCAUGCUGACCAUGCACCGCAUCAUUAUCUCCUCUGCGGAGCUGCUCCAGAAAGUCAUCUCCCUUUAUAAGGAUGCCUUGGCAAAAAAUUCACCAGGGCUUUGUCUGAAGAUCUGCUAUUUUGUAAGAUACUGGAUAACAGAGUUCUGGAUCAUGUUUAAAAUGGAUGCCAGCUUGACUAACACUAUGGAGGAAUUUCAGGAACUGGUGAAAGUCCAUGGGGAGGAGGUACACUGCCACCUGAUUGACACAACCCAAAUCAAUGCCCGCGAUUGGUCCAGGAAACUUACUCAGAGGAUAAAAUCAAACACCAGCAAGAAACGGAAAGUGUCUCUGCUCUUUGACCACCUGGAACCAGAAGAGCUCUCUGAGCACCUCACCUACCUCGAAUUCAAGUCCUUCCGAAGGAUAUCGUUCUCAGAUUAUCAGAAUUACCUGGUGAAUAGCUCCGUGAAGGAGAACCCCAUGAUGGAGCGGUCCAUCGCCCUGUGCAACGGCAUCUCCCAGUGGGUGCAGCUGAUGGUUCUCAGCCGCCCCACCCCACAGCUUCGUGCUGAAGUCUUCAGCAAGUUCAUCCAGGUGGCCCAGAAGCUCCACCAGCUCCAGAACUUCAAUACAUUGAUGGCUGUGAUUGGCGGGUUGUGCCACAGCUCCAUCUCUAGACUCAAGGAGACAAGUUCUCAUGUCCCUCAUGAAAUCAAUAAGGUCCUGGGGGAGAUGACAGAACUGCUGUCCUCCUGCAGAAACUAUGACAAUUACCGGCGCGCUUAUGGGGAGUGCACCCACUUCAAGAUUCCCAUCCUGGGCGUGCACCUCAAGGACCUCAUCUCCUUGUAUGAAGCCAUGCCUGACUACCUGGAGGACAGAAAGGUUAAUGUCCACAAGCUGCUGGCCCUCUACAACCACAUCAAUGAGCUAGUCCAGCUGCAAGAGGUGGCCCCACCCCUGGAGGCCAACAAGGACCUUGUGCACCUGCUGACGUUAUCCCUAGAUCUCUACUACACUGAAGAUGAAAUUUAUGAGCUCUCCUAUGCCCGGGAGCCAAGGAACCAUAAAGCUCCACCCUUAACCCCUUCAAAGCCACCAGUUGUUGUGGACUGGGCCUCUGGAGUCUCACCCAAGCCAGACCCAAAGACCAUAAGCAAACAUGUACAGAGGAUGGUGGAUUCUGUUUUCAAGAAUUACGAUCAUGACCAAGAUGGAUACAUUUCUCAGGAAGAGUUUGAAAAGAUUGCUGCGAGUUUUCCAUUUUCCUUCUGUGUGAUGGACAAAGACAGGGAAGGCCUCAUCAGCAGAGAUGAGAUCACAGCCUACUUCAUGAGAGCCAGCUCAAUCUACUCCAAGUUGGGCCUGGGCUUUCCUCACAACUUUCAAGAGACCACCUACCUGAAGCCUACUUUCUGUGACAACUGUGCUGGAUUUCUCUGGGGAGUCAUCAAACAAGGAUAUCGAUGCAAAGACUGUGGGAUGAACUGCCACAAACAGUGCAAAGAUCUGGUUGUGUUUGAAUGCAAGAAGAGAGGCAAGAAUGCAGCAGCUUCCACAGAGAACAGCACUUCUGUAGGGCCAGCAUCCCACCUCUAUUCACUGGGAGCCAAAGAACUGCUCCAUGCACCAGAUGAAGCCCCUUUUCUGUCCCCUAAUGGUGAGGUCAUGGAGCACAGCGAGAGCAAGGAUCGGACUAUCAUGCUCAUGGGAGUGUCCUCACAGAAGAUUUCUGUCCAGCUGAAGAGGACUGUUGCUCACAAAGCCACGCAGACAGAGUCACUGUCUUGGCUUGGCAGCGAAGGCCACUCAUCUUCCUAUGUGCUUUCUUCCCCACGGAAGACAGCCCAGGAUACUCUCUAUGUGCUCCCCAGUCCCACCUCUCCAUGCCCCAGCCCAGUCUUGAUCAGGAAGCGGGCUUUCGUCAAGUGGGAGAAUAAAGAAUCCUUCAUCAAAUCAAAGGAGGAGCUCUGUCACCUCAGACUCCCGACCUACCAGGAGCUGGAGCAGGAAAUAAAUACCCUGAAAGCAGAUAACGAUGCUCUAAAGACCCAACUGAAGCAUGCACAAAAGAAAAUUGAAACCCUCCAGCUUUCAAGAAGCAAUCACAUUUUGGCUCAAUUGGAGCAGGGUGAUUGUCCUUAGCUCAGAAACUUGAAAGGCACAGUCUAUAGAUGAGCAUACUAGAGAUCACAUUUCCUAAAAUAAUUAGCAUAAAGACCUGGGGAGCUCUGGACAGGCUGACUCGAAAGGGACACUUCUUUAAAGAACCAGUUAUUCUUUUUUCCUUUAACCUAAGAUUCCUAAUGUGCAGUAUUACUUUCUAAUCAGUUGAAUCAACGGUGAAGGGGAGCUGAUGAAAUGCAAAAUUUUGCCAAUCAUGUAGCAAGAGUCUCCUAACAAGGUAGCUUCUCACAUGUGGCCUACCUGGCUGCUGCUUGUUUAGAAAAUUCCUGAAAAAUGAGUUUGUUUUCUUCCCUGGGUCUUCGAUGAACUGAGUAUUUACUCUGAUCUAUCCAAAGCUUAUUACAGAGAAAUACCUAUGUUCCAAAAGUAGAUAGUCUUCCUCUCUAUCCCAGAAUUCUUUAUGAGUCUGAUUCCUGUAUUACUACCUCAGAUUUAAUCAACUAGCCCCCUUGCCCCAUCUGUGUGAGGAUGCUUACCUAGAAGUGAACGUCUAGAUAGCAGUCACACACAUUUAGGAGCCUAUUAAACAACAUGACAUCCAGUUGCAAGUCAACAGUUUUAGUCUCAGUCAUAAUAAGUAACUAAACUAAUGGAAACCACGGCUACUGCCAUCUCAUACAUGACUGGCUAAGUAAAGUAUACACAGCAUAAGUACAAUUGUAUGAAUAUUAAAAAGUAGGUAGAAUUAGGAAUUUAGGGCUUAAAAAUAGACUGAAGUCUUUAAUUCUGUUCAUGUUUGUCAUUUUUUUAAGUAACAGUUUCUCAAGUUCUUUUUGAAUUAAAUUUGUGCUUCAAAUAUUGCCAUUUUAGUAAUACUUAGAAAUAUAAGCCAAUUGGACCAGAGGCUUCAAUAGUACCUGGCAGUGUGUACAUAUAGUAUGUAUAUAUGAUACCAGGCAUGCAUGUGGCUUGGAACUUUGUUUCCUCAUUCAUACGAUGUGGAAGUGAAUUAAACUACUAUUAGUCAUUUACACUAAUUUGCAAAUACAAAAUUCAGUUUGUUAUGAGAUGAAAUUCCUUACAACAUGAAGUGUACUGUUUGCCAGAAUCACAAGUGUCCUGUGAGUGCUCUACUAAUGGAAGCUAAUGGUAAAUGGGUUCAGUAAGUGUACUGGGCAACUGUUCACAGACUUAUUGUCAGCCUAUUUUUCUCAAAAAAAUAAAUAAUAAUUUCAUCAAUUUCCUACUGGGGAGAACCUACUUUACAUAUAUGGAAAGCCUAAUCCACCAAGCUGACUAGAAAUUCACACACAGCUGACCAAUUGCCAAGAAUACAAUCUGAACAAUCAAACAUUCCAAACCUAAAACUAGCAACACCAAGUCUUAAUCAGAAUAUAGAGUAUAGAAACUUUUUGGAGGAGUCAGAUCAUUCCUUUCACUUAAGAAGUAUCUUUGAUGAAGAACAGUUUGCAACUGCAUACCUCCUUGUGUUGAGUUUUAUUCUUACUGUUUUUAAAAACUCACUUUAUGUAGCUUACCCUUUUCUAAAUCUACUCAGAAAGACCUACAGCAGAGUUGCUUACCACCUGUUAUACAGAUUUACAAAAGCACUUUAACUACUUUCCUUAUAUGGAACAAACAUGAGAUUAUAACAAAUGUUCACAUGCAUAUUCUAUUAUUUGCUGAUAGUAAUCAAAGAUGGUGGCGCUCAAUGUCUUUAAACAUAGUCAUGUAACAACACACUAUUAGUCUCUGUGACCUCCAUCCAAAACAAACCCCAACUCAGCUUCUGUGUAAGUAUCACUAAUCUAAAGGAAUUCAAAGAGUCAGUCAGUCAAAUUAACAUGGUAAGAAGGGUCUCAAGCAUUUCAGAAUAUAUCACUGAAAUGAACAGGAAUAAUAGUUUAACAACCAUUUUAGAGUCCAUCGAAAGUCAAAGAAGUACAAUGUGUAAAUAUGUGCUAAGCUACAUGUCAUUAGUGGAAUCUACAGAAAUAACUUGCAACAAUUUUUUGGCUCAUAAAUCUUAAGAAACAAACUUUUGUGUCUUGUACUGACUUGAAAUGUUUGAGUAUAUAUAACAGACAAAGGUUGUUUUCUUUACAACAAUGUUUCAUUAUUCUUACUUAGGUAACAGGCUUGCCUUUUUACUGACCAUUUGUGAAUUUGUCUUUUAAAAUGUGUAAUGUAAAAGAAGUGCAAGAAAAAGCAAAUGUACAGAUUGUAAAUUUUGAUACCUAAUGCAAGUUUUCUUUGUGUAAUAUUUAUAUGAUAAAAGACAUUAGGAUCUCUACUACAA